UGCUCCUGGACUUCCAAGGGAACCCCACAGCCCCGGCUUCAUCUCAGGCCUGAGGACCUCCGAGCCUGUUCUGGCUGUCCCGCGCCUCUGACUGUGCUUUCCCAGUUUCCGACCAUCGUCUCAGGGCUUCCCUACAGCCCAACAGGAGCCUGGACGUUGUGGGGUAAGAGCAGACAACUCCAGCAUCUGGCAUCCAGCAUCAAGCACCCCACAUCCUACAUCCUUCCUGCCUCCCUGAGUGGCCCUGCCUUGUGACAGCGGGACCCAAGGACUCUACAACUGACACUACCAUCGUGGUGCAAACCCAGCUCAAGCAUACCCACAAAUAGAGUCCCACAUCGAAACUUCACAUUACUCAAGGAUACUGUUUCUGCUGCCUUGGAAACCAUGCAAGGACUGGAACAGACCACCAUGGCAGUGGUUCCUGGAGGUGCUCCGCCUUCAGAGAAUUCUGUUAUAAAAUCACAAAUGUGGAACAAGAACAAAGAGAAAUUCUUGAAGGGGGAACCCAAAGUCCUUGGGGCUAUACAAGUUAUGAUUGCUUUCAUAAACUUCAGCUUAGGAAUAAUAAUGAUAUUAAAUAGAGUUUCUGAACAAUUCAUGUCAGUGCUCUUACUGGCCCCAUUUUGGGGAUCAAUAAUGUUCAUUUUCUCAGGAUCCCUGUCAAUUGCAGCAGGAGUGAAACCUACAAAAACCAUGAUCAUCAGCAGUCUAAGUGUGAACACUAUCAGCUCUGUGUUGGCUGUGGCAGCAAGCAUUAUUGGUGUCAUCAGUAUGAUUUCUGCUAUUUUUCGCCAAUUUAAAAGUCAGCCAGCCAUCGUUAGUUUGGAUGUUUUGAUGACAAUUUUAAAUAUGCUAGAAUUCUGCAUUGCUGUGUCCAUCUCUGCAUUUGGAUGUAAAGCUUCCUGUUGUAACUCCAGUGAGGUUCUUGUAGUGCUACCACCAAAUUCUGCUGUGACAGUGACAGCACCUCCCAUGAUACUUCAACCAUUGCCACCACCAGAAUACCAAGGGAAAAAUGUUCCAGAAAAUCUGUACAGGAACCAACCAGGAGAAAUAGUCUAAUUUUGAUGUACGUGUGUGCAUGUGUGGGAGUGUGUGUGCGCACAUGUGUAUGCAUUUGGCUUUUUGUACGAAUAUAAGAUAUGCUCUAAAUAUGUAAGUCAAGCAUUUAUUAAGUCAAUAACACUUUAAAAUCUUCCAUUCAUUGUAUGUACAAGGAGAAUUUAAUUGGCAAAGAAUUUUUUAAUGUAAACUGAUAAAAACCUUGGUUUAGUGAGGUAAAGUCUCCAAAGAGUGAAGAAUGGAGUUCAUUUUUUUUUGGGGGGGGGGGUUCUGCUAAAUAAAUAAAUUUGGCUGCUCACGAUCAUGUACAGACACAUAAAGUAUGUAAUACAGAAGGUGUAUUACCUUACUAAUAAUAGCAACCAAUUUUAAUCUCUACAUGAAUGCUCAUCAUAAUAUUAUAUGCAAAAAUUGUUAUGGUGAAAAGUUACAAUAAACAGAAGUGCUUGAAA